UCAAGAAAACUUCAGUGAUGUGCAAAGACUUUUCCUUCAGGCAAGUCCAGGCGAGCCGCAGUGCAUUUUGGGAAAUGCUGUCCUGCAGUUCUGUCUAACAGUAGUCGAUGGACGAGCCAAGAGACACACGGAAGAGGGAGGCUCUCAGCUCAGUCAAGUUAGACAGAGACUUCCGGAGCAGUACCGGAUAUACGGCAGUGCUGCCUUCAAAGUAAAAGAAACGAGUAGCGCUGCAGCUAAAGAUUGUUUUCAUUGUUGAUCAAUCUGCCACUUUUUGUCUUAAUGAUCGAUUAAUCGUUUUCACAGAGAGCUGGCUCCAAAUCAAAUGCCAAACAAAGGAGACAUACUACUGUUCUUCACACAGGAGACAUUUUUUGCUACACUUAGUACUUUUACUGUGAAUCCUAUCAGUACAUUUUACUUUCACCGAAGUAGCAUUUUCAGUGCAGGACCUUCACAGUGUGCUGCUUGAGUAAAGGAUGUGAGUACGACCGCCACCACUAGCUGUUCUAACAACAUCAAUAUCAGUCGUGAUUUUGGUGACCCUGGUUCUGGUAUUACUCGAUCACAACCAGAUCCAGCGAGAGGCUCAUGGCCCGUUUCUACGCGCCUCACAAGGCUUUUAUUUUGGAAGGUCCGAGCGGAAACACGGUUGCGUAUCCGUGCGGCCGCUUGGCGUUGGGUGUCGCUCCUGGUGGAGUAUUUACAACAAUAUUAGCAGCAGGCUGUCGGACGCUGCUGUCGGCUCCUCGCAGACGGAGGGACGAGCGGGUGGACGCGGACUCAGAGCGUCGCUCGGGCGGCUUCCUUCUGCUUUAUCCGUCGGUGUGUGAUGGCUGCCACUUCGGACUCGUUCCGCGCAUUCCGGAGUGAACUGAUUACCCUGAGGCGCGGCGUCCGUCUGCAUUUGUCUGAAAGAGCGCGAGAGGGAAGCUGCAGAGGAAGCGCACAGCCAGACGCCAUGCGAGAAGAAACCCUCCCCGGCCGCAGAGAGCUGAAAUGUUAGGAGUGAAGAGCGAGUGUGUCAGAUCAGAUCAGCACGCUGUUUACGUUAGGCGGGGCGACAGGAGCUGCUCGACACUAACGCCACUCACGCCCCCCGUGGUCGAGACCAGACGUGUUAACUGAUCUCUCAUCGGUGCUUUUCUCUCCCGGAUUCAGCAGCCCGGACAGGAUGGAGUGGUCUCUGGAGAAUGUGAGGGAGAUGGUGGCCGGAGGGAUGCAGUCUGUGAGGGAGUGUGAGAUCUGUGCGUUCGCCAUCGCCAUGUGCGUGCUGCUGCUCUUCAUGUGGUAUUGUUACCGGGUGGGCCGCGAGCACGGCUCCAGCCCUCUGCGCGGGAGGUAUCUGGCCGGGCCCGGCCGGAUCGGAGGGGUGGUGGGGGGCUUCAUGAGUUCAGACUGCCGCGGCAGGGGCAAAGGGAAGCACGGGUCGGUGCUGGAAGAGCAGAACGGCUUCGCUUUCUGCCAGUCACCAGAGUGCUUCCGUUGUACCAGUGCCGGAGAGAGUCUGAACCAGAGGCUCUACCACAGCCUGCAGGAUUACGCCAAGCGUUACACCUGGUCAGGUAUGGGCAGGGUGCAUAAAGGAGUCCGUGACCAGGGCCGAUACCUCAACAGCCGACCGACCAUCCAACGGCCAGAGGUCUUCUUUCUCCCGGACCUCCCGUCAGCCCCCUUCUUCUCCAGAGAAGUCCAGAGACACGACGUGGAGCUGCUGGAGCAGAGCUUCCCCGCCCUUCUGGCCGAGUUCGAGAGCAUCUACCACCAGCCUCCGGCCCGCAGCGGCUCCUCCCUCCCGCCAGGUUGGAAAGCCAACAGCACUCCUCGUGGGCAGUGGUGGACCUACUACCUGGUGAACCAAGGCACCCCGCUGGUUCUUAAUGUCAGGAGGUGUCCGCGGGCCUGGAGGGUGCUGGGCCAGCUGCGCACCUUCAUCGCCAACAACGUGUUCGGGAACGCCUGCUUCUCCGUGCUGACGCCCGGAGCUCUGAUCACCGAGCAUUACGGUCCGACUAACGUCAGGCUGCGCUGCCACCUGGGUCUCAGAGUGCCCCCUUCCUGUGAGCUCGUAGUUGGUGGAGAGCCACAGUGCUGGUCUGAGGGCAGCUGUCUGCUGUUUGAUGACUCCUUCCUGCACAGGGCUUUCCACGAGGCAGGCAGCGCAGAGGACGGCCCCAGGGUGGUCUUCAUGGUGGACCUCUGGCACCCCAACGUGGCCGCCGCUGAGAGACAAGCCUUGGACUACAUUUUUACUCCAGGCCGCUUAGAGGACAAGGAAGGGAAAUAGGUGUGAGUGCGAAACCACGUGGAACCCGGAGACAGAUGGCGUUUAGGGAAGUGUUUGUAGGAUUGGGGCGCAGCUCGUUCCUGCCUCCACACCAGCUCUCACACUCACUGUGUACAUAUUCUCAUCUCAUCCAGUAUCUCUCACAACUCUCUGAGCACAUGAUCAGACAUUGGGCCUCUCUCAUCAGUCACGUCCAUGCUGUCGUCUGUGCGGCCGCCUGCAGCCACACUUGAAAGUACCGGCUCAGUAGGAACACGGUUGUUCACGCAGCCAUUUUAUCAGUGUGCAUUAAAGGAGCAGUUCACCCGGAAAUGAGAAAUCAGUCACGAUCCCCUCAGCCGCGCACUGAUGGGAAGUCUGCUGAAGUUUCUUCAUCCACAGCCCUCAGCCUCUUCAGCUGUUUAGCAGAAAGCUGUACUUUUACUGUGAAGUUCCAGCAACGUUUUGUGGACAAAGAAACUUCGCCCGAAAUGUGAAAUGCUCCUUUAAUGGCAGGGAUUUCUUAGCGUGUUUGUCCUGGUCAUUUUGAAUCAUUGAAUGUUCAGUCAGGUUGCGUAGAGAUGAGUGAUGUUCCCCUCUUUGGGCCACUUCUGAAGAAAAUGAUUGCUUUAAUUGAGAUUGUGUGUGCGCCUCGUAUGAGUGAUGGACGACUCUGUGAGAGCCCAACAGUGAUGUGCUGAGCAAACCCUCCACAGGCUGUAGGAGGGUCGCCAGACGCCGGUGGUUUAACCUUUCACUCCACGUCUAACUCGUAGGCUUAAUCCUUUUACACUUUCUGCAGCGCCUACGCACGUUUCCACAAGGGCUAAGAAGUUUGAUCCUUCAGCUUUUUGCGUCAGUCGGCGUCGUAUCCACUCACACUUUUGUCACGAUUGUCAGCUGGUUUGCACAUUUUUUCAUUUCCAAACCUCCCACUUUCAAACUCUUCAAACUGUUUGAGUUUUCAUGAAUGAGCAGAAAUUCUCUCACCUGCAGGGUGGCCACACGUUUUCACUGACUGUAUUGUUUAUUUACAUCAAAAUUACUCUGAGCUAAAGCAGAGUGAAAGCUAAGGGCUCGUUGCUACAGUGCUGUUUGACUUUGGCAGGGGCGUGUCCACACCUUUUUACCUGGCGGGGGGGGGGGGGGGCAAGUUGAGCACCCACUUAUGCAGGGCUGGCAUGAAGUAGAAGAAUGACUUGCAAUAUGUGCAUUUAAAAGAUUUAAAAAUAUAAACAUUCUGACCAAUCACAACACAAAAGAGUGGAGCCCAACAAAUAUUAAGAUCAAAACACAAACCAAUAAAUAAAAUUAAAAAAUUACUUUUUUGGGGAUAAAACUCUAAAAGGAGGCUACAUAAAUCUCAAAAACAUCUGGCUCAAACUAAAGUCCCGUCUCCCACUUGGAAGACAGCCAAUCAUACGUGAGGAUAAUGGGAUGACAUCUGGGGGGGGCCAGUCAGAUUUUGGGGCCCCUUCUGAAGACACCCCUGGAUUUUAGGCCUACCGUUCAAGAUGUGAUCAUGAAAAUGUUAAUCACACACAAGUCAGGGUCGUUCUUCCAGUCCGACUUCAGCCGAGUUUCUUACAGGAUGUACAGUUUGGGUUUUUGAGUUAUCAAACUUUGAUGGAUGUCUUAACGUUGAAGACGUUUCUCUCAACAGAUUGUCCUUCGUGUGUCUUGAUGACGGAGGUCCAAUGUCGAUCGUGACGUGAAUGUUUACAGACGCAGCUAACGUCGUGUCUCCCGCCCGUGUGCUCGUUUGUCCUGCUCCCCUUUGAAAAACCAGUCCUGCUUUCCUGAGACGUGGUUAGAAAAGCACAUUUUUAGGUCCCAUCGUGUGAGUCGGCCUGUGCUGUGACACCGGAGACGAAGCGUUUUUGGUGAAUUUACUAAACUCUUGUAAUUUGGUUGUAUUUGAUAUCAGGUUUGUAUCUCUGUAAAUACGGUUGAGGUCACAAAGUGAACGGUGUGAGAUGUUUUGAGGUGAUUGUGUUCGAUGCUCUAACUACGUCGUCGUCUCUAUUUACAGCUGAAGCGAUGGCGUUUGAUUCUCUGUUCUCGAAUGAAACCAUUUUGAUAGAUGACAUUUGUAGAUUGUGUAAAAUGUUUCUGAAGUACUCUCUCUGUUGUUCUGUGACGUGUUUCUUUUGACUCACUCUGUAAUUCUGCAGCUCCACGUGGCGUCCAUUAUUAAAGCCACAGUCUUUGAUUGCUCAGCAGCACUUCGUGGGUAUACGUGCACAGACUAAAAUGAAAAUGAAUCUUCAGCAGCUUUUCAGGUCCAUCGCAAUCCAAGACACCCGCCGAUUCAAAUCUGAUGUUUACAAAAGUGUGACUAUUUGCGAGCUGUCCACGACGGCGGACGCCAGUCGCACUGAGCUGUCCGUGGUGAGGUUGAGACUGAAGAGUGCUGUUAAUCGCUCCCAAAGCAUCGGCUUGGCAUCGACAGAAUGUGGUGGGGCAGCCAUUUUGUUUACCUGUGAUGAAGGAUUUGUCCUUCAGCACUUUCCUGUGUGGAUUUUGAACAGUAUUUCUGUACAUUUAAUAAAUGGUCGAGUGUCUUAUUUAA